GCUCCUCCCUUUUCACAUCUGGGCCAGCCACAAUUCGGACAGACACAUACCAACAUUCUUUGACUACCACAUGGACAAAUAGGUUAACUUAACAGAGUUAGCAGGAGCAGAGCUAAAAGUGAGGAACUGAGGACUUCUGUCUGUUUAUGUGAACACACCCAAAGUUUUACCAGGAUCGUCCUUCAGCCUGUUUCCAUCAGACUAGCAUUACUUACAUAGCAUUACCUACAUACUUCAGGAUGCCAUUAGGUGGAGGUAACAAGUGUGGUCGCUGCCAGAAGACUGUGUAUUUUGCAGAAGAGGUGCUGUGUGAUGGGCGGAGCUUCCACAAGUCAUGCUUCCUGUGCAUGGUAUGUCGGAAGUGUUUGGACAGCACCACAGUAGCAGUUCAUGAAGAUGAGGUGUACUGUAAGGCCUGCUAUGGCAAGAAGUAUGGUCCAAAAGGCUAUGGAUAUGGGCAAGGAGCGGGCACUCUCAGCAUGGACAAGGGGGAGUCUCUGGGUAUAGCACAGGAUGAACCAGGUCCCCAUCGUCCAACCACUAACACCAAUGCAUCUAAGUUUGCGCAGAAGUUUGGAGGAGCAGAUAAGUGCCCUCGCUGUGGCAAAUCUGUCUAUGCUGCUGAGAAAGUCAUAGGAGCUGGCAGUUCGUGGCAUAAGAAUGGAUGUUUCCGAUGUGCUACGUGUGGCAAAGGCUUGGAGUCCACUACACUGGCAGACAAGGAUGGAGAGAUCUACUGCAAAGGAUGUUAUGCCAAAAACUUCGGCCCUAAAGGUUUUGGGUACGGUCAGGGAGCCGGGGCUCUGGCGCACACCCAGUAGAGGGCAGCAGAGAGCGGAUCAGCCACAAUCCAACUGAUGGUCUGACAUUGUCAAUCCUGCUUCUUCCGGCAGGGGGCAACCUCAUUGAAAUAAUUAAGCAUUUCCACUGACUCACUAAAUCCUUUGUAGUCUAUUCUUAGACGUUCCCUUUUUCACAGUGUUAUUGAUUAAAAAACAAGACCAUU